AACCAAGACCCAAGCAAGGACGUCCCACGAGCACUGCGAGGACUCCUGCACCCAGCUUUGCCAUUUGGUCCUCAAUGGCGAGAAUCCUAUCUCCCACCACGCUAGCCAUUUUCCUGACUUGUUUCUUCUUUGGGGCACAUGGCCAGACCCCAAGGGCUUUCCAGGAGAGCACCGUCCCCUUUGGGGUGCUGAGCCAGGAGCAGGCUUACAGCCUGGUCCAGCCAAGCCUGUUCCAGGGUGCCAAGCUGUCGAACCACUCGGAGAACCUCCCCAGGAGCACCAGCUCUGAGCCGCCCCUGCUGCCCGUCUGCGUGAAGCCUGCAGAUAUCAGACACAUCUUCAAGUACAUCAACACCAUUGUGUCCUGCACCAUCUUCAUAGUAGGGAUCAUCGGGAACUCCACGCUCCUGAGGAUCAUUUACAAGAACAAGUGCAUGAGGAAUGGGCCAAACGUCCUCAUUGCUAGCUUGGCACUCGGAGACCUUCUUUACAUCCUCAUUGCUCUGCCCAUCAACGUAUAUAAGCUCUUGGCAAAGGACUGGCCCUUUGGUGUGCAGGUGUGCAAGCUGGUCCCCUUCAUCCAGAAGGCUUCAGUGGGCAUCACGGUCCUCAGCCUUUGUGCACUCAGCAUCGACAGGUACCGAGCAGUAGCGUCCUGGAGUCGGAUCCAGGGGAUAGGAAUCCCCAUGUGGAAGGCAGUGGAGGUGAUGCUGAUCUGGGUGGUGGCCAUUGUGCUUGCAGUCCCCGAAGCUAUAGCCUUUGACAUGGUGGAGCUCAGCUACUGGGAACAACACCUGUGGGUGUGCAUGCUUGCCUCUGAACAGAAAUCCAGCUUCAUGAUGUUCUACCGUGAUGUGAAGGACUGGUGGCUUUUUGGCUUCUAUUUCUGCCUCCCCUUGGUAUGCACUGGCAUCUUCUACACCCUCAUGUCAUGCGAGAUGUUGAGCAAGAGAAAUGGCAUGAGAAUUGCUCUGAACGACCACAUGAAACGGCGCCGGGAGGUGGCCAAGACUGUGUUCUGCCUCGUGGUGAUCUUUGCACUCUGCUGGCUGCCACUCCACCUCAGCCGCAUCCUCAAAAAGACCAUCUACGACCAGACGGACCCCAACAGAUGUGAACUGCUCAGUUUCCUCCUAGUGAUGGAUUACUUCGGGAUCAACAUGGCCUCCCUCAACUCCUGCAUCAACCCCGUGGCUCUCUACUUCGUCAGCCGGAAAUUCAAGAACUGUUUCCAGUCCUGCCUGUGCUGCUGGUGCCAGAGACCGGCUCUGAGCAUCACGCCGACAGACGAGAAGGGCUCUGUUGGGAAGUGGAAAGCCAACGGGCAGGAGCUUGGGCUGGACCGGAGCAGCUCCCGCUUGAGUAACAAGUACAGCUCUUCCUAA